AUGGAUGCAACAAAGAGCUUUGACUUCCGGGUUACUUCAAAGGGGUCUGAUGGCACUGUCCAGCAACUACAGGAAUUGCUCGACAAUCACAUUGAAGAUUUUAUAAACUACCAUCCAAUCUCCCAAAAUCUGCAUCAACAUGCCCUCACGGCUUUGCCAGGAGGAAAUACCCGCUCUGUUCUGCAUACAAACCCGUUCCCAGUCUGCAUGGAUCGAGGAGACAGGAAUAGGCUAAUCGAUGUGGAUGGGCACGAGUACCUUGACCUUAUUGGUGAAAUGACAGCGGGCCUCUGCGGUCACUCUAACCCGAAAAUCCGCGACGCUAUCAUGUGCACCGUAUCUAAGACUGGGUUGAACCUCGGUGCUACAACCGUAGCAGAGUCUCUAUUUGCUGCGGAAAUUUGCCGCCGAUUUCCAUCGGUGGAGCGACUACGUUUCUGCAACUCGGGCACAGAAGCCAAUCUCUAUGCCCUCAGUAUUGCUCGUCGUGCAACUGGAUUGUCCAAGAUCAUAGUUUUCUCUGGAGCAUAUCAUGGUGGCGUUCUCAGCUUCGUUCACGGGCUCGCUGGGAAUAACGUGGACAAAAGUGACUGGAUUAUCGGGAAAUACAACGAUACUGAGGGCGCUCAGAGGUUAAUCUCUGACAACAAAGGCAGAGCAGCCGCCGUGAUUGUCGAAGGUAUGCAGGGGGCUGCUGGCUGUAUUCCUGGCACUGGGGCAUUUAUACAUGGCAUUCAGGCUGCCGCAAAAGCCAAUGGCAUGCUCUUCAUACUGGAUGAAGUCAUGACUUCUCGGCUUGCACCGGGAGGCCUUCAGUCGAUUAUUCUCAAUCCCCAUAGCAACACAGGCUUGAAACCCGAUAUCACAACAUUGGGCAAAUACAUCGCCGGGGGAAUGACAAUUGGGGCUUUCGGUGGACGGGAGGAGUUGCUCUCGAUCUACGACCCCAGGGAAAACUCUGCAAUGAACGAACCAGAAAGGCCAUUCCAACCGCUUAGUCACUCUGGAACAUUCAACAACAACACAUUGGCCAUGAACGUUGGCUUAGCGGUACUCUCUGAUGUUUAUACCCCCGAGGCCUGUACGGAGCUCAAUGCGAUGGGUGACUGGUUCCGCCAGAGCAUCCUUGACAGGUGUCAAGGUACCAAAAUGACGGUCACUGGUAUUGGCGCCGUAUGCAACAUCCACUUUCUCUCCGAAAAGUUUAGCUCUCGAGUUUUAAACGUGGAGGAAUUAGAGAAAGGACGGACCAAGUCUGAUACAAUGUUAAGGGACAUAUUCUGGUUUGAAGCUAUCCGGAAAGGGUUUUGGAUGGCUAGACGCGGCAUGCUGGCCUUGAUUAUGGGAACAACCAAGAGCGAGCUUCAGGGUUACCUUGAUUUUGUGGAAGUCUUUGUACAAGAAUACUAUUCUUUCCUAGUCUGA